GAGCGCUGCGGCGGGAGCCGGAGGACGAUGAGCUGCCGCGCGGUGCCCAGAGCCCAGCCCUGCCCGGCGCGGCCCCGGAACUCUGGGCGGCACCGCGUGCUGGGAAGUUUAGGCACUGCCUCUGGGACCCCCUGCCGGCCAGCAGGCAGGAUGGUGAGCUCACUGCAUCCUGUUCUGUGGACACAGGGUGGACAGAGCAGGGCGCGCGGGACCCUUGUGGGGUGUGUGUGUGCUGGGAGCUGCCUCACACCUGAUACAAAGCCACUGGUGGAGUGAGUGCUGCUAUUUUAAGUUGCUGAAUGGAACCUCUGGGGCUGCUCAAGGGAGGGGACAGAGGUUAGGCAGGGGAAGGGCUCAGGUGUCCUGGCCAAUCUGGCAGGCACAUCUCCCCAGGGUUGCCUGGACUCCUCUCCUCCUCCAGGCAGGCCUCCCCACCCCAGGCUUCCUGACCACAGGUGCCUACCUCGUGCCCCGUGGUGCUUGUCUGCUGAUGUGCCCAGCCUGUGCCCGCCAUGCCGCACUCCGUCUCCGCCUUCCAGGCUGCCUAUAUUGGCAUCGAGGUGCUCAUCGCCCUGGUCUCAGUACCUGGGAACGUGCUGGUGAUUUGGGCUGUGAAGGUGAACCAGGCACUGCGGGAUGCCACCUUCUGCUUCAUCGCGUCACUGGCAGUGGCUGAUGUGGCAGUGGGUGCCUUGGUCAUUCCACUGGCCAUCCUCAUCAACAUUGGGCCACAGACCUACUUCCACACCUGCCUUAUGGUGGCCUGCCCUGUCUUGAUCCUCACCCAGAGCUCCAUCCUGGCCCUGCUGGCCAUUGCUGUGGACCGCUACCUCCGUGUCAAGAUCCCUCUCCGGUACAAGACGGUGGUGACCCCACGGAGGGCAGCAGUGGCCAUUGCUGGCUGCUGGAUUCUCUCCCUUGUGGUGGGCCUGACGCCUAUGUUUGGUUGGAACAAUCUGAGUAAGAUAGAGAUGGCAUGGGCGGCCAAUGGAAGCGUCGGGGAACCCGUGAUCAAGUGCGAGUUUGAGAAGGUCAUCAGCAUGGAGUACAUGGUCUACUUCAACUUCUUUGUCUGGGUGCUGCCGCCGCUGCUCCUCAUGGUCCUCAUCUACCUGGAGGUCUUCUACUUGAUCCGAAAGCAGCUCAGCAAAAAAGUGUCGGCCUCCUCUGGUGACCCGCAGAAGUACUACGGGAAGGAGUUGAAGAUUGCUAAGUCGCUGGCCCUCAUCCUCUUCCUUUUUGCCCUUAGCUGGCUGCCCCUGCACAUCCUGAACUGUAUCACCCUCUUCUGUCCCACCUGCCACAAGCCCACCAUCCUCACUUACAUUGCCAUCUUCCUCACGCAUGGCAAUUCAGCCAUGAACCCCAUCGUCUAUGCUUUCCGCAUCCAGAAGUUCCGGGUGACCUUUCUAAAGAUUUGGAAUGACCACUUCCGCUGCCAGCCGGAGCCCCCCAUUGAUGAGGACCUCCCUGAAGAGAAGGUGGAUGACUAGACUGUGUCUGCACCUUCCAGCCCACAUCUAGCAGGCUGCGGCCCAGACCUUGCCUCCCCACUGUCCCUCUGGCCUUGCUGGGCCUUCCACAACUGGGCUGUGGCAGUGACACAGGAGGCUCUGAGGAGAUGCCUGCGGAGCAGGGGCCUGUCCACAGGGAGUUAAUGGCCCUGCAUCUUGGGGACUAGGAGCAGGCUUGGGAUGGCAGCCCGUGGGGGUGGAACUGGAUGGUGUGAGGCGAGAGAAAACAGUCUUGAGCCCCCUUGCCUGCGCUACCAUCCCAUGCAUGGUCCAGCGCUUCAGAGCUGGGCAGGUCCUAGGUAGGACUAUGGAGGAGGCUUUGGGGCUAGGACAGGAUGUUAGGGCUCCCAGAGUCACGCAAGGGAAUCUGCUGGUCUUAGAUGUAGUCCUGUCUGGGACCCAGCUUCAGGACAGAAGGGGGGUCCUUCCCAAGAUGGAGGGGUGGGAGAAAUGAUGAUGUUCUGGUUUUUCUUUCUCUACUAUUCUCUAGAAGGUGGACAGGGGCAGCCAAAGAGCAGGAAUCAAGGAGCAUCAGUUACCAACUUCAAAGAUUCUGCGUUUUGGUGAUGACAGGGUUAGGGUGCCUACUCGCCAAGGGUUAUUCUUAGGAGCCCAGGAUUAUACUUGAGAGAAGCGGAAAGAAUGGUCCAGAAAUCAUUUCUCACAUUUGCUUUAUUCCCCACCAGCCCUUGGAUUCCCAGCGGGGCCUCCAGACCCUGGAGUGUAGUUCUGUAGCCACGGGCUUAAAGCAUCCACCAGGGGGCAGCACCGAGCCCUCUUUGCAGGGCGCUUCCAAGGGGCCUGGAGGGUAACUUCCUAUCUUCUGGGCUACCAUGUCGCACCAGCCCUCGGUGGUAGGCCCGGACUGUCCAAGGGACAACAUCACUGCUGCUUCUAGGACCUAUGGAGAAGAAAGCUUCAGUUCUUGGGAGCAUUCCGCCUUCUUCCGGGGACGGGAUGAAGGACACAUCCUACAGGCUGACUCCUGGGCUGGAGCAGGCUGAGGGGCCGCCCUCCUGAGCAUGUGGGCAGGUCUCUCACGGGCAUUUAAUCCCUAAAAAGCCCGGGCGAGCGUUUGGCUCGCUUUUGGGGGACUUCAGAAACUGAUACAGAUGGAGUCCAGACCUGAGGGCUCGGGGAAAGAUGAACUCACCCAUGCCAAGAGCCUGGAACCCCACUAUAGAGAGGGCGGGGAGAGAGAUGGUUGUCAGUUCGUGGGUUCUGAAUGUGAAGACUGACUCCAGGCAUCUGCCUUUGUUGGAGGUGGGGUGUUCCUGGCUCCCAAUGGGGGCCCUUGUGACCAAUAAAAGACUAUAAACCCUC